AUGAUAGUGCAGCAGCAGCAGCAGCAGCAACAGCAGCAGCAGCAACAGCAGGAACAGCAACAACAGCAGCAGCAACAGCAGCACCAGAAGAGCAGCAGGAACACCAACAGCAACAGCUGUGUCGCAGCAGCAGCAGCAGCAGCAGCAGCAGCAGCAGCAACAGCAGCAGCAGCAACAGCAGCAGCAGCAGCAGCGACAGCGGCAGUAGAAGCACCAGCCGCACAUGCAAGCCUGUUGUGCUGA